CCCAGACCUCGGGACUUGUGAGGACGAUAGCAGAAUACCUGACAAACGUUUGACACAACCGCGAUAACUAAGAUAGAUAGCUAGACUAACCUUAUCACCUUGAGAUAGCUACAUGACAAUAAGUUGCGACCGCGUCAUGGUGGCCAAGUUCUCGGCUUCUCUCAUGCCGAAUUCGUCAAGAAAGAGCCGACAUCAAUUCCAAUAACAAUGGGCUUGUCGCCUCGUCUCGCCCUCAUCGACAAUCAUCAACCCGUCGCUCACCUACACGUUACCCUCUGCGAGAGGUUUGCUGCCAACCAUGGCAGCUGAGAAGAAUGGCCUAGCGCUCGAGAAUAGCGCUAGUGACAAGAAUAGUGAUGACCUCCCUACCGAUCUCAAGACUGGAAAGGACCAAUUUACGGCUAGUCACGAUGUUGAAAUCGCAAAUGGACACCUGGCGGAUCUCGAAGUCGACAUGGGUGAGAUUCUUCACCAGGUCGAGGAGGAAGGCGAUUACGAUGCCGACACGAGCCCGUUCCCGGCUGUGCGAGCGGUCGUGCCGGAAACGGAUGACCCCGCAAUGCCUGUGAAUACUCUCAGGGCUUGGCUUCUGGGUAUUCUGUUUGUAUUCUUGGGUGCUGGGGUGAAUCAAUUCUUCUCGCUGCGCUACCCGGGUGUCCAUAUUGUAUCUCUGGUCGCCGAGUUGUUGGCUUUUCCUGUCGGGGUUGCUCUCGCUAAGUUACUCCCUAUCAGCAGAUUUAACCCGGAUCACCAUUUCAACAUCAAGGAACAUGCUUUGGUCACCGUUAUGAGCAACGUCUCUUUCGGCUUCGGCUCUGCUGACGCGACGAACAUUGUCCAAGCAGCUAGGUUCUACGGCUUCGAAAUGAAGACUGGAUUCUCGGUCAUGGUCGUCAUUUGCUGCCAGCUGUGCGGCUAUGGAAUUGCCGGUCUUUCGAGGUCCCUGCUUGUUGCGCCGGCCACAAUGAUCUGGCCGGGUGUUCUCGGCAAUGUCGCGCUGCUCAGUUCCAUCCAUUCCCGUACCAAUGCGACGGCUAACGGCUGGAAAAUAACCCGUAUUAAGUUUUUCAUGGUCGUGUGCACUGCUGCGUUCAUAUGGUACUGGUUUCCCGGCUUGAUAUUCACAGGUCUAAGUUACUUCACAUGGAUUUGUUGGAUCGUGCCGGACAAUCUAGCAGUGAACCAUAUCUUCGGAAUGGUAACAGGGCUCGGACUAUUUCCUCUGACAUUUGACUGGUCUAUGGUUGCAUAUAAUACCAAUCCUCUACUUAGCCCCCACUGGGCGGCCCUGAAUGUCUUUGUGGGAUUUGCGGUGUUCUUUUGGAUCGUUACCCCUGCCAUUUUCUACACCAACACAUGGUUUACAUCCUACCUACCCCUCUGCACAGCAGAUGUGUACGAUCGCUUUGGGGAGCUUUAUGAUACAGCUAAAGUCAUUACCAACAACUUAUUUGAUCAAGAGAAGUAUGAAGCGUACUCACCGCCGUAUCUGCCUGCGACUUUCGCAUUUGUCUACGGCCUUUCCUUCGCGUCAAUUACUAGCGUCCUAUCACACGUCUACUUUUUCCACCGGGACGAAAUCAAACAUGCAGUCCGUGGAACUCUUAAGCUCGAUAUCCACGCGCGGCUUAUGAAGAGCUAUAAGGAUACUCCUUGGUACUGGUGGUCUUCGAUUAUUGUCAUUGUCUUCGCAAUGAGCGUUGCUAUGACAGAGGUCUACCACACAGGACUGCCGGUGUACGGCAUAGUUCUCGCAUUCGCUAUGGGGAUGAUUUACAUGGUGCCGUGCGGAAUGAUUCAGGGCGUGACGAAUGUCAACGCCAAUCAAAUUAACGUGUUAUCUGAGUUCAUCGGCGGUUACAUGUUCCAAGGAAGGCCAAUGGCGAACAUUUUAUUCAAGACCCUAUCGACUGAUGUUGUCGGCCAGGGAUUGUACUUCGCUGCUGACAUGAAAUUGGGCCACUACUUGAAGAUUCCACCCCGUACUAUGUUUUUCGCACAAGGAAUAGCUACGAUACUUGGUGCUCUUACACAAGUUGGAGUUACUCUGUGGAUGUUAGGCAACAUUCCUGGAGUCUGUGACUCAGACCAACCCAACGGCUUCAGUUGUCCGCAAGGACGUACCGUCUAUAGCAGUUCAGUCAUCUGGGGCUUAGUCGGCCCUGCACGUCUCUAUUCAGUUGGAAAGAUCUACAGUGGUCUAUUACAUUUCUUCUGGAUUGGCCUCGUCUUACCGCCUAUCACUUACUUCAUCUGGAAGAAGACGGGCAACGACGUGGUCCGCAAGAUCAAUUGGCCCCUGAUUUUCGUGGGCACAAGUAACGUUCCGCCGGCCAGUGGAAUUAACUACAGUAGUUGGUAUAUCGUCAACCUUGUCUUCAACAAGAUUAUCUACAAGAAAUUCUACGCGUGGUGGACCAAGUACAACUACGUCCUCGCGGCUGCUCUUGAUACGGGCCUCGCUCUAAGCGGCAUUGUAAUAUUCUUUGCCGUGACAUACGGACCCAACGUUCAAUUCCCGGACUGGUGGGGAAACACGGUAUGGAAGAACACCGCUGACGGGCAAGGCUUGCCAUGGCUGCCUAUGCCGGAUGUCGGAUAUUUCGGACCACCAAAUGGAACAUGGGCUUGAUAGAUAUCAGAUAUGAGAUAAUAGAACUAACAUGAUCAGCAUUCUCAGAUAACUAGAUGCCUCCAGCAAUUGACAAUACGAGAUGAUUUUUCCACAUAUAUUUAACACGAACAUGAUAACAAUUUCCAGCAAUGAACUGAC